CCAACCCAUUUCUGUUCCAUCCCUUUCUUUCCUCGCAAUAGUAUCGAUUGCGCUAUCAUCUCCAUCAUCGACCUCUUGAACUCCUCCUUCGGGUUCGUCAAUUUCUUCACCACCGCCAUCGCUUCCCCCAUCGUCGACCACCCGCCGCCGCCCGCCAGCACCUGCCGCCGCAUCUCCUUCAUCCUCUGUGCCGGUCCAGCACUCGGGUUCACCCUCCCGCCGCCGCCCUCCCCUGCCCCCUGCCGCAGCAGCUUUCCUUACUCGUUCUCACUCCUCGUCGUCUCCCCGGGGCCGGAUUCAGCCUUGUUGGGUAGUUUCUGGAUUGAACAGUACAGAUCAGAGAUUAGAAAGCUCCAAGAAUCUGAAGCAGAAAUCAAAGCGUUGUCGGUCAAUUAUACCGCUCUUUUAAAAGAGAAAGAGUGCUUGCAGACAGCCAAUUAGCAAAUUCACUAUCAAAAUUCCAGGAAUUCAGUCACCCCUUGAUCCCUACACAGUACACUCUAAAACCCUCAAAAGUCCAGGAAUUCAGCCAAUUACCAU